AACAAUUUGUAUUCUUGGGGAAAACAUUUUUGAAAAGUGUAGCCAGAUUCAUUGGAUUUUCUCCUUACAUCUUGAAAUAUUACAUAGGAUAGUUUUCGGAAUAUUGCUGGGAGACUCCAGGAAGGUAUAUGGAUCCAAGGAUCGCUUGGUUUCCACCUGAACAAUUGGGACCAGCACAAAUAUUGUGGACGAGAAUCUGGGAGUCUGGAAUAGGCGUGGAGAAUAUGCACCUCAAUAAUCACACCAACCCAAACUUGGAUAAAAAAGCACAAGAAUUCAUUCCAUUAGAUUUCCAAAACAAUUUCGACAAAAAACAAGGACCCUCCAAUAUAAACAGACAAAAUCAGAAUCAAAAUCAGAAGAGAAAACGGGAUAAUAGGGCAUCUACUUACGGACUAAAUCACAGUUCAGCAGUUCACCUUUUAGGAGAAAAUGGCGGACUUACUCCUUGGAAACCACGGGAUAAAACUUAUCAUCGCGGUGUUAUAGGAUUACAUGAAGAGAUUAUUAGCUUUUUCAAGUAUAUGUCUCCACGUCCUGAAGAAGCACAUAUGAGACAGGAUGUCGUCCACAGGAUUCGUCAAGUCAUUCAGGGCCUCUGGCCCGCAGCUAAGGUGAAUAUAUUUGGCAGCUUCGAGACAGGGUUAUACCUUCCUACCAGUGAUAUUGACCUCGUUGUGUUUGGCAAGUGGGACAAGUUGCCACUACGGCCUCUAGAGCGAGAACUCAUUAAGAAUAAAAUCACAGAUGAAGACCAUAUUAAAGUAUUAGACAAGGCAUCCGUCCCAAUUGUAAAGCUUACUGAUCUUAAAACAGAUGUAAAGGUGGACAUCAGUUUCAACAUGGUAAAUGGGGUCAGGAGUGCCAAGCUCAUCAAGGAGUUUAUGCACGAGUACCCCAAUCUGAAGUUUCUAGUGCUUGUGCUCAAACAGUUUCUACUGCAACGUGAACUCAAUGAAGUUUUCACAGGAGGGAUCAGCUCUUACAGUCUUAUCCUCCUCACAGUCAGCUUUCUACAGUUGCAUCCCAGGAUCGAUGCUGCCUCUCCACACGCUAACCUGGGAGUACUACUUAUUGAAUUCUUCGAGCUUUAUGGUCGCAAUUUCAACUACUUCAAAACAGGAAUACGAAUCAAAGAUGGCGGUUCAUACUUGUCAAAAGAUGAAAUGCAGAAAAGGAUGGAUAAUGGUUAUCGGCCAUCUUUGUUGUGUAUUGAGGACCCGCUGCAGACAGGUAACGAUAUAGGACGAAGCUCAUAUGGCGCUAUCCACGUCAAACAGGCAUUUGAGUACGCCUACCUCCAAUUGUCACAUGCAGCUGCUCCACAGAACACUCACCUACAAAAAGGCAGAGACAGUCUGUUAGGCAGAAUUGUGCGUGUGACAGAUGAGGUCGUGGAAUAUCGUAAGCGGGUCAUGGAAAAUUUUCCAGUAAAAAAAGAGCAAGAACCUCCCACUGUGUCCCUACUGUCAUCCAAAUCAUCCCCCCAGCAGAGAACUUAUGCUAGUGUUGCUACAGCAACACCAUCAUCCAAUGAGGAGUCAGAAGGAGGCAAUAAUUCUUCUCAGUCUCUAAGCAAGAGGAAGUCUAAACCACUCCCGAUUGUAAACAACAGAAAUGUAACUGUGACAUCACUCAAUGACAACCAAUCAAUUGAGGGCGAGAAUUCUGACAGCGGCAGCAGCUCAGUGUGUGCGCCGUCUAGUGUGACAUCAGCUAGCUCCAGCUCCAGUAUCGCCAGUGAAUCGGACUCAGACGUGACUCCUGACUCCCCCGUCAACAAGAUCGCUGUCAAAGUUGCUCCCCAGAAUACCGCCCCUAUUGACAAACCAGCCCCUCCCAUCAAGAGGGAGCUUCCAAUCCCCGCCCCCAGAUCACGGACACUAAGCUCCAGCAGCAAUAAUAACAACACGUACAAUAACACAAAAGCUCCACUCUCGAAGCCUACCACCUCAAACCUUAACUCAAAUUCUCCACGACGCGCAGAUACGGCCACCCCCGAGGCCAGUAGAGGCCGAUGGGAUGGAUAUCCCUCUAGGAAUAACAAUCGUGAAAGUGAACGUAGAAAUGUUCAACGGGACGUUGACUCAGGAAGUAAUAGCCUUAAUUGGCGACGGGAUAAACCUGUUGAGGUUACCGGUAAAACUUUUACUCCACGUUUUUCUGGUAAUUCGAACAGUAAUAAAAGACGACGUAAUAAUGGCAGACGGGAUUCUCAAAGAAGUGGCAACCAGAGGUAACAACGCUGGUACAACCCAAUAGGUGGCACUUUGCAAAGCGGGGACACCUAUUGUCGGUUGUAGGAACUAACAAACUAUUGACAUUGACUCAAAAGGAGUAUUAGAAUAUUUGUGUAAAUGUGACUGGUGAAUGUGAAAAGUGUGUGAGUUUAUGGCUCAUAAUUAAUGCAAUGGGAAACAAGAUAGAGAAUAUUCAAAAAUGGAAAGAAUAUUCAAAAAUGGAAAGAAGGUGACGUCUGGAUAUAAUUACAGGAUGUCGCUAAAGGCAAUUGAGUUACAGAAGACAUUUGGCGAGAAUGAGUUACCCAAAGUUUAAAAAUAUAGCCAAGAAGUAUGCUGUGUGAAAUCAUGUCAUUACAAAGUGUGCAACUGACUCACAUGAACUUGUAUAUAGAUUUACAAAAAACUGUGCUAUUUAUAAAACAAAAAAACAAAAGGAGUUCUCUGGGAUUCAGUUAAAAUGUACAGUAAAAAAAUACAAAAAAGAAAAUCUCAAUAUAACGGAAUGAGAUACAGAAAAGAUGCAAUACUAAAAACAACUAGCAUUUUACUCAGUUAAAUGUGGUGAAAUAACGUAUGAAUAGACACUGGGUUAAAUUAUGCUAUCCAAUGUCACUGAGAAUAAAAGAUGUGCAAAAAAAGAAGUGAUGCUAAUGCUAUAAUAUGACAUUUAGUGUUAAAGGGACGUGCAUUUUUCGAUUGAUCAACUUCAAUGUUCAACUAGAAAUAAUCUGACAAUUCUUCGGAAUUUUCAACAGUUUUGGACGAGUCUCUGAAACUGAAUUUUGACACUUUAAUUUUCUACAGUGCCUUAACUACACUAAGGGGCUGUCCCCUAAAGUGAAUUUCAAUUUUGACAAAGCACUGUAAGGAACCUCAAAGACCCGAAGAUCUCAUUCUUAUAUUGUGCGAGUACAAUGCCCUUGCAAAUUAUUCCUUAUUGGUGAUGAAGUUAAAUUCAAACCCUUGUUUAUAAUUUCAAAGUGACUUGCAGGUUCACUUUUGAGAUUGUUCAUUGUCACCAAAUUAGCUCUCUUUAUUUUGAAGGCUAAUUCCUACUUUAGCCAUUUUGAAAAUGUGACCAAUUUGGAUUUUUUACAAGGGACUCGUGUAGAGUAUGCUGAUUUGAAGCAUAAUUGAAGGAUCAUGAAGGAGUGAAAGUUAUAAUGCCAUCGUCUUGAAAAUAGGGAUCAAAGCCAUGCUCGAAUAUCAGUAAUUACUUGUAUUAUUAAUAUUUUCAAAUUUAAAUUUUAGUCAUUAGUGUAUGGUGCUGUUAUAUCCUAUGUUAAGGGAAUGGUUUAACAAGAUACAUAUGGCUUUCUCGGUGGAUAUAGACACAAUGUGUGCCCAGUGCAGCAUUUUGAUCUUAUAUUCAGAAGUUGAAAGGGUUCUGUGUGUUAUUUUAUGUUUAGAAAAUAUUCUGUUUUCUUGUUGAAAUACCAUGCUAAAAGAGGAGAAAUAUGUGUUUAACCAUCAAAUUAGAUUUUUUACGACAUCAGGAAUAUAUGCUUCUAUAAUAGAUAUUUAACUAUCCCACUUUUCGAUGCAAAUACAUCUAAAAAAUUAUUUCAUAAUCAUUUCAUUUACAGUGACCUUCCCAUCUCUUCUAUUAUUUGUAUCUUAGCAAGAAAACAUUUCUAACAAAUCAGCUAUUAGAUUAUACUCCGUAUGCAGUAUAAAUUAAAGUAUCAUUCCAUGUACAAACAUGUAGAUUAAUGUAUAAAUGAUCAGUAAAUAUCAAGUAGGGUCUACCUCUCAAGGGAAAUUACCAAAAGUCCUCACUAUUCAACUUCUUCUGAAAUAUCAUUUAACUUUUGAUAAAUACUGGCAUUAUUUAUAUUUAAACUGGUUUUCAUGUAAAAUUUGGUAAUUUUUUAGUAUAUUUUUUUUUAGAUGCCAUCUUCAGUCAAAACCAGAAGAGAAAGGAUACCAUACAAAGUAAUUAAAUUGAAAAGCAUCUUCCAAUUUCAAUAAAUCAUUGUUUGUACUGGUUUCCAUUUUUUUAAAUGUCAUUCUCAUUUUGAUAAUAUUCUGACAGAGUGUGCUAAUGAAGCGGAUGUCUGAUUUUUGGUCUAGAUUUUCCUUGAGAGGGACCCAUUGUGUAAACUGCAUAUUAAUGUAACUUUGUAACAUAUGUGUAAAAAGUCCAAAGGGUUUCUAUGUCAUUGGUGACUAGCUAAAAAUUUUGUUUUAUUUUGUUCAGAAGCAGACAUGGUAUUGUUUUAGAAAAUGAAAAGUUCUCAAAAAGGGUGCGUCUGCAAAGGAUAAAGCCAACAAUGUCUCAAGUUCAUUUUGUGUAGAAAUAUAAGAAAGGGCUGAAAAUUUAUGAAAUAAGCAUGGCAAGCAUUACUGCAUUGUUGUAACUACCAUGCAUGUAAAGAAAUUAAUAAAUAUUGCCUGAGAAAAAAGUGGAUCAAUGACAUGUUAAACUAUAAUUUAGAAUUUAAUUUAUUCAUGUGAAUAUCAUGUUAUUAUAGUGCAUUUAAUGUAAUUGAAUUACAGAAAUUACAAAUUUUCAUUGGCUGUCAACAAAUAGGCAUUUGUGUUAGAUAUUACAAAUUGGCGUCAGUUUUCAAACCAUACGUAACUGUUUGCUUACAUUAGAAGUUAUCAUAUUAAUUUUAGUCACGAAAUGUGAUCAAUUAAGAAUUUUUUCAUUUUCCCUUUAAACUGCACUAUUAUAUUGUAUUCUGCCCUGUGGUGCAGUUCUAUUUUAGUUUAAAACAUUGGAUUUAAUUGUUUUAUGUUGAAGUAUGUGGUAAGAAAUGCCCUUGUCUGUCAUACACUUCAUAUACUUACAUAGGGGCUAGUGUCAUCUCGAUUAUAUCACUUUACUCAAAAGUCCCGUCAAUUAACCAGUUUGUUAUGUCAUAGUGCUACACAUGUAUAAUAUGUUAAGUACAAUCAAUGUCUCGACAGCUUUCUCUGCAUCUGUAUUCCAUAGACACAUAGGUGUUGGAAAUUUUGUGUGGCCUCAUACUUAAUGGGAACUAAAAGUUCUGUAUAUAAUUUCUU